AUAGAAAAACGUGAUCACCAGGUAUUUGACAUCGUGGGUUCCGUGCACUCUACAUCGGUGUGUGUAACAGACACGUCAAAUAGCUUAAUAGUGACACCACAAAUGAAAAAAAUUGCCUGUGGGCAAGACGGAUCGUUAUCGGUCUUAGCUGUCUAUCAAGACAAUACAAAGAAAAAAAACUGCCUAUCAAAUGGCUCCGGUCAAAGCAGUGUUGAUAGACCUGAGUGGAACUUUACAUAUUGAUGACCAACCAACCGAAGGAUCAGUAGAUGCACUUAAAAGAUUACGGCAGUUAGAUAUUACAGUAAAAUUCGUAACAAACACGACCAAAGAAAGUGUUUCAUCCCUCUACGCCCGGUUAAUAAAAAUAGGAUUCGAAUUAGAAUUCAAUGAAAUAUGCAGUUCCCUUACGGCUGCUUCCAACUAUGUCCAAAUCAACGGAUUAAAUCCGUACUAUAUUGUAACCGAUGAUGCACGAAAGGAUUUUCCUGAGAAUGAUCCUUCCCUGAAGUAUGAUGCAGUCGUUAUUGGACUAGCACCGGAUAAUUUUACUUAUAAAAACAUCGAUGAAGCUUUCCGAAUCUUACACCAGAGUAAUGGUACAGCUCGCUUAGUUGCAAUACACGAGGGAAAAUAUUACAAAACGGAUCAGAAGAUUUCCGUUGGACCGGGGUGUUUUGUCAAGGGUUUAGAGUACAGUAGCGGAAUUAAAAGCGUUUGUGUUGGAAAACCUAAUGAAUACUUCUUUCGUUCUGCUUUACCGGAAGGAGUGACACCAGCAGAAUGCAUCAUGAUUGGGGAUGACCCGAAUGACGACUGUUUAGGUGCUAUGUCAAUCGGAAUGAAGGGAUAUCUGGUUGAAACAGGUAAAUAUCAACCAGAACUUGUGCAAGACAAUGCUCGUCCAAGAGUUGACGGAAUUUUCAAAAACUUCAGUUCGGUAGUUGAUUAUAUCGAGGAAAACCUCAUUUCCUGAAUAAAGUUUCUUUCAAUUCUAUAUUAUUUUCCAAUGAUAGUCGAUAGUCAAUUGAGGAUGUAU